GCAGAGGGGGAGGAGCCUCCAGUGAAAGUGAAAGUGUUCAGACUGGUUCUCACUUCAAGGAGCAGACGGAGGAGACGUGAAGUCUGAGGCUGCAGUGGUCACCAACCAGUGGAGAGUCUUCACUGUGGAUCCCAGUAAAGCUCUGGACUCACUGGCUGAGGUGUGAGGAACAUCAACCUGCAGAGCCAGAACCAGAGGAAAUAGACCAGACCUUGAAUAUCUAGAAGAGCAGCGUGGCCUGAACCACAACUGAGCCGCAGCCGGUGCAACAUGGACGAGGACACUUCAGAGCAAGUUGGACCCUCAACCACAAAAGGUCAGGACCACAGACCGAGAGCAGAGUCUCCAGGGUCCAGCUGUCUGUCUCUGAAGAGUGACUGGUCCAUGGGACAGCCUCUACUCUUCAGUAAAGAACCUGGACCCUCACACACAGAGGAGAGGAAGAGGAGUCAUGUUUCUGAGGAGGAGCAGUCGUCCUGCUGUGCUUCGUGUCAGGACGUCCUGAAGGAUCCAGUCUCCACCAGCUGUGGACACUGGUUCUGCAGACAGUGCAUCACCUCAUACUGGGACCAGUCUGGCUCUUCAGGACACUCCUCCUGUCCCCAGUGUGGACAAAGAUCCAGAACAGGAGCUGGAGCAGAUCGUGGUCUGCAGGAGGUUUCAGAUGAACAUAAGCUCAGUGUGAGGAGGAGAUGUGAACAUGUGACUGAAGGAAGUGAUGAAACAGGAAGUAGAACCCUCCUCAACAGGAUCUACACUGAGCUCCACAUCACAGAGGGACAGAGUGAAGAGGUUAAUACUCAACAUGAGGUGAGGCAGCUUGAGACGGCUUCCAAGAAGAAGAUCCUCCAGGACACUCCCAUCAAGGUCCACGACAUCUUUAAAGCCUCCACUGACCAGCAGAGCAGCAUCAGAGUCGUCCUGACCAACGGCGUCGCUGGCGUUGGAAAAACCUUCUCGGUGCAGAAGUUCACUCUGGACUGGGCAGAGGGUUUAGAGAACCAGGAUGUGGGUCUGCUGGCUGUGCUUUCGUUCAGGGAGCUGAACCUGGUGAAGGACCAGCAGCACAGUCUUCUCACGCUGCUCCAUGUUUUCCAUCCAGCGUUACAGAAGCUCACGGCAGAGACGCUCGCUGUCUGUAAACCUUUGUUCAUCUUUGACGGCCUGGAUGAAAGCAGACCUUCUCUGGACUUCAACCACAGGGAGCUUGUGUCUGAGGUCACACAGAGGUCAUCAGUCAAAGUGCUGCUGACAAACCUCAUCCGGGGGAAUCUGCUUCCCUCGGCUCUCGUCUGGAUAACCUCCAGACCUGCGGCGGCCAAUCAGAUCCCUCCUGCAUGUGUUGACAGGGUCACAGAAGUACGAGGCUUCACUGACGCCCAGAAGGAGGAGUACUUCAGGAGGAGAUUCAGUGAUGAAGAGCUGUGCAGCAGAAUCAUCUCACACAUCAAGACGUCCAGGAGCCUCCACAUCAUGUGUCAAAUCCCAGUCUUCUGCUGGAUCAGUGCUACAGUUCUGGAGCACAUGUUGACCACAGACCAGAGAGGAGAGCUGCCCAAGACCCUGACUGAGCUGUACUCACACUUCCUGCUGGUUCAGACAAAGAGGAAGAACAACAAGUACGGUGAGGGACAUGAGACGAGUCCACAGCAGCUGACGGAGGCUGACAGGGACGUUCUCCUGAAGCUGGGGAGGCUGGCCCUUCAACAUCUGGAGGAAGGAAACAUCAUGUUCUACCAAGAAGACCUGGAGCGGUGUGGUCUUAAUGUCACAGAGGCCUCGGUGUACUCAGGAGUUUGUACUGAGAUCUUCAGAAGAGAGUGUGUGAUCUUCCAGAAAUCAGUCUACUGCUUUGUUCAUCUGAGCGUUCAGGAGUUUCUGGCUGCAGUCUACAUGUUCCACUGUUACACCAAGUGGAACACAGAAGAACUCAACAAGUUCUUGGGAACAUAUGGGAACACAGGCAGUAUCUUCUCCCUGGAAGACCUCCUGAAGAGAACCAUGGAGAAAUCCCUCACCAGUCCAAAUGGUCAUCUGGACCUGUUUGUUCGCUUCCUUCACGGCCUCAGUCUGGAGUCCAACCAGAGAGUCUUAGGAGGCCUGCUGGGUCGGACAGAGAACAAUCCAAAGAUCAUCCAGAGAGUCAUCAACAACCUGAAGGAGAUGAAGAGUGGUGACAUUUCUCCUGACAGAAGCAUCAACAUCUUCCACUGUCUGACUGAGAUGAACGACCACUCAGUUCAUCAGCAGAUGAAACAGUUCCUGACGUCAGAGAACAGAUCAGAGGAGAGACUCUCUGGGAUCCACUGCUCAGCUCUGGCCUACAUGCUGCAGAUGUCAGAGGAGGUUCUGGAUGAGUUGGACCUGAAGAAGUUCAACACAACAUACCAGGGUCGACAGAGACUGAUCCCAGCUGUGAGGAACUGCAGGAAGGCUGUACUCAGUCUUUGUGGACUCUCAGAGACUCACUGUGAAGUCGUGGCCUCAGCUCUGAAGUCAGACCCCUCACAUCUGAGAGAACUGGAUAUGAGCCACAACAACCUGCAGGAUUCAGGAGUGAAGCUGCUGUGUUCUGGACUGGAGAGUCCAAACUGUCGACUGGAGACUCUGGGGUUGAGUCUCUGCAGACUGUCAGAGAUCAGCUGUUCUUCUCUGGCUUCAGCUCUGAGGUCAAACCCCUCUCAUCUGAGAGAACUGGAUCUGAGCUACAACAACCUGAAGGACUCAGGAGUGAAGGAGCUGUGUGGUUUUCUACAGAGUCCAACCUGUCGACUGGAGACUCUGAGGUUGGAGAGCUGCAGACUGUCAGAGAUCAGCUGUUCUUCUCUGGCUUCAGCUCUGAGGUCAAACCCCUCUCAUCUGAGAGAACUGGAUCUGAGAGACAACAACCUGCAGGACUCAGGAGUGAAGGAGCUUCUUGAUCUACAGCAGAGUCCAACCUGUGGACUGGAGACUCUGAGGUGGAGGACAGUGUGAAGAGGACAGUGUGAAGAGGACAGUGUGUGUGGACGGAGGCUGAGCUGUGUCCUGAGGAUCCAGAGGCUGAAGCAGCAGCAGCUUGUGUGUAGUCUCCAAUCUACACAACCCCUAAUCUGCAUGUGUUUGUGAGAUGAAGCCGGAGCACCUGGAGAAAACACGGGGAGAACAUGCAGACUCCACACAGGAAGACCCCAUCUGAACCGGAUUCAAACCAGCAACCUUCCUGCCCCGAUUGUGUUUAUUCACAUGAAGAAUGUGUUUAUUGAAAUGAUUCAACACAAGCAGAAUAUAUAAACCCUCUAUAAAGAGUCACAUACAGUGUGUUUAAGUUUGUCUUUAUUAUUGUCCACCUUUGUCCCUCAGUGUGUCUCCAUGUGUGUAGAACCACAUUCUGUGUAUAUGUUUGUUUAUGAUCUUAAAGUUCCUGGAUUCACGUCACAAAUUGAUUUAGUUCAACACAAAGUUCAACACAUUGAAAUCACUUUGAGUUUAAAAUCAGAGUUUUGUCUUUGACACAAAAGAUCAAAACUCUGGACUUAAAAAUGGGACGUUUUCAUUUCUGCAUCAGGUGCAGAGCGGUGGUGGCUUUUCUACUUUUGACCCACAGGUGGCGCUGCAGUAUAACAGCAGCACAUCCCAGUCAAAGCCUUUAUAUUCAGUCUAUGAGUCAAACACAUGGAUCAUUUCCUCUGUGACAAACCAGAUGUAACGAGAAGAAAAACAUCUCAGAGAGAAAAGUUCUGUUUCUACUUGUCUCUGCUUUAAUGCUCAAUAAACAUCCUUCCACCGACUUCACUGGAA